AUGGCGAAUCAUUCGUCGACUAUAGAUCGCUUGGAGAAAGUGUAUUCCGCGCUUGAACACGAGACCACGGCUGCUUUGGACGAAUCGCGCGAGUUCAAUAAUAGAGCUCGUGUCCAACUUGCCGAACUCUCGGCGCUCAUGGACGCGCUGGACAACUCGAACAAGCGGCUAGAAGACAACAAACGCAUCGCUCAGACAUUGAUAGACGUCCUCCCGGCGUAUGUCGCCAAAGUACGCGAUGCAGAAACAGACUUUGAGGAUUUCGAACGCAACUUUCCCAUUCUGGAGAAGAGUGUCGACGUCUUUUAUGAACGUUCUAAAGAAACCUCUGAAGACAUUCGCAGGCUGCGAGAACAGGUUGGGACAUUGACACAGAGGCAAGAGGCCUUCUCAAGCACGUAUAUUGCUGCUCCUAUUCUACUCAGCGUUGUCUUUGCUCUGAUACUAUACGCUGUUCAGCGAUGA